CACUCUCCUGCCAUAGAUCAACACAAAUAGAAGCUCUAAGCUUCUAAAAAGUUGGUUUUUGUGGGGUGUUCUUGGUUUUCUUUAUUUUGAGGAGGCAUUGGUGUUUUCCCAAUGGGGAUUCUCCCCCUUUUUCGAGCAGCACUUCUGUGCUUCUACGUAUCUGCACUGUUUUCUGCAACCUCCUCCUAUGGUGAUAAUGAUAAGAGUACUACAGUGGAGGUAAUUGGAAUAGGGGAAUGUGCAGACUGUGCAGAAAGCAACAUUCAGACCAGCCAGGCACUUUCAGGGCUUCGUGUAACCAUCGACUGCAAGCCGGAAAAUGGAAAGUUCAAAACAAGGGGAGCUGGAGAGUUGGAUGAAGACGGAAAGUUCAAAGUGAUUCUUCCUAGUGAUAUGGUAAAAGAUGAAAAAUUAAAGGAAGAAUGUUAUGCUCAACUACACAGUGCCUCAGCAACACCAUGCCCUGCUCACAGCGGUCUUGAGUCUUCCAAGAUUAUUUUCAAGUCCAAAAGCAAUGGAAAACACACAUUUGGGCUUGCAGGAAAACUGAAAUUUUCACCUUUAACUUGCACUUCAACUUUCUUGUGGCCUCACUUUAAGUUCCCACCAUUGCCUAAAUGGAAACUUCCUCCAUCGAAAAGCUUUGGCCAUCCAUAUCUGUUCCCUCCUAAAGUGUUUCCUCCACUACCUCCAAAGGUAUUUCCUCCGCUCUCACCAAAGGUUUUUCCUCCACUCCCGCCAAAAAUCUUCCCUCCAAAGCCUCUCCCUCCACUCCCACCAAAAGUUUUCCCUCCGAAGCCUCUUCCUCCACCAAUUCCAGUCUAUAAGCCACCACCUAAACCACCAGUUUUUAAGCCUCCUCCUGUCCCAAUCUACAGGCCAAAACCAAAGCCACCAAUCUUCAAGUCUCCUCCUAUUCCCAUCUAUAAGCCAAAACCAAAACCCAAGCCACCAGUCUACAAGCCCCCUCCGGUUCCGGUGUACAAGCCAAAACCAAAGCCACCGGUGUAUGAGCCCCCUUCGGUUCCGAUGUACAAGCCAAAACCAAAGCCACCGGCGUAUGAGCCCCCUUCGGUUCCGGUGUACAAGCCAAAACCAAAGCCACCUGCGUAUGAGCCCCCUUCGGUUCCGGUGUACAAGCCAAAACCAAAGCCACCGGCGUAUGAGCCCCCUUCGGUUCCGGUUUACAAGCCAAAACCAAAGCCACCGGCGUAUGAGCCUCCUCCGGUUCCGGUUUACAAGCCAAAACCAAAGCCACCGGCGUAUGAGCCAAAACCAAAGCCACCAGUGUACAAGCCAAAACCAAAGCCACCAAUGUAUAAGCCUCCUCCUAUUCCCAUAUAUAAGCCAAAACCAAAGCCACCAGUGUAUAAGCCUCCUCCUGUUCCCAUAUAUAAGCCAAAACCAAAGCCACCAGUUCCAAUCUACAAGCCAAAACCAAAACCACCAAUCGUGAAACCUCCUCCAAUUCUACCACCUCCUGUUCCAAUCUACAAACCAAAACCACCAGUUGUGAAGCCUCCUCCAAUCCUACCACCUCCUGUUCCAAUCUAUAAACCAAAACCACCAGUGUUUAAACCUCCUCCAACUCCAGUGUAUAAGCCAAAACCAAAACCACCAAUUGUGAAGCCUCCUCCAAUUCUACCACCUCCUGUUCCAAUCUUCAAACCAAAACCACCAGUUGUGAAGCCUCCUCCAAUCGUACCACCUCCUAUUCCAAUCUAUAAACCAAAACCACCAAUCUUUUAUAAGCCUCUCCCUCCACUCCCAAAAAUCCCUCCAAUUUACAAGAAGCCAUGCCCUCCUCUUCCUAAGCUUCCUCCUUUCCCAAAGAUUCCUCCAAAGCCAUUCCACCACCACAUCUUUGGAAAAUGGCCUCCAUUGCCACCAUUUUCUCCUAUUCAUUAGGCUACUGGUGAUAUUUAUGAUCCCCAAUAUGAAGUUUUCAGUACCACAAUAAAACCUUUCUCACGAUUGUGUUUGAGUACAUUGUUUUCUUCACAUUUGUAAAUGAUAUAUCUUUGUAUGCCUGCCACUUUUUUUAAUUAAUAAUUUAUUUUCAAUGAAA